UAUCCACGUUGAUACCUCUGCCUCGCGGCUUCCAAAGCUCUUUCAACUCCACAUCCACCGCUCCUUGUAGCUCACACCACCACCACCUCGCCGUCGUGCUGCCGUAGCCAUGUCAGCGGCAACCCAGAACACGCUCUCCAAGGUCGAUUCCGCCGUGGAAGACGCGCCCAAGGACGCCAAGAAGGGAGCCCGGAGAAGCAGCUCAUUGCAUGCCGAUGUGUACAACAUCGCGGACCUAGAGAAGGAGAAGAAGCCGAUCAAGAUUGCGCCUGAGACGCAGAAACUGAACUGGAAGCUGAACACCUCGCCUACGUCAUUAGGAGAGCCAGACACACUCAAGAAGCCCCUCUGCAUACCCAUGGUCAAGAAGGUCGACCUGCACUUCCCGCUAGGGCUGGAAGUCACCGCGCGGAACCUCAAGGGCGUCACUAUCAAGGACGCGCUAGACGCCAUCUACAAGCAGUUCAAGAAGAAGGCCGAUGACGAGCUCGACCUCCCUAUCCUCGCUGGUUUCGAGUGGGAUCCGGAAGAGUGCUACACGCGCUUCGUCGUGCACCAGAAGAAGGAAGGCGCGGCCGCACCCUCCAAGAAGAAGAAGAAGGGUGACGAGUAGUGAAUGACUCGCCCCCGUCCUUCCCUCAACUCGACUUCUUACACGGCGCUCGAACGUAUCUCAUACUUGUGUGCAUCGGUGGACGUGGAUGCGGCUCUCGAGCGCGGGUGGAUUCCGACAGGGAAGAGCGAGGCUCGUCUGCUGCGGAUGGCGCGGCUGGCUUGCUGCCAAUCUGGUGUGCGUCUACGUGUG